GUGUACUUACACUUUCUGCUAUUCAUAACGGAAUUAGUACAAUGUGUCAAACUGACACAUAUCGAAUCUUUGUAUUUAUUUAAUCUUAUAAAUAUACAUGUGUAUAUAUAUCAAUAAAUAUGGAUUACGUACAUUUUCAAUCAAAUUCGCGUGAAACUCCAUCCACAGAAAGAUGUAUUCCAAUCCCAAGACAUAAUAUGACAAUAAUAACUGAUAUUUAUGCAGGAAUUCCAGAAAAUUUAUUGCUGAAUUUUCUUGGAUUUUUGUUCCUUGUUGUCUUGUUUGGUUUAUUACGUAAAAAAGCAUGGAACUAUGGACGUCUUGCAUUAUUGAAUAAAACAGAUGAACGAUGGAUGGAAUUAUUUUAUGGAAAUAAUGAAAAUAAAGAUACAAAUGCACUGUGUGUAGAAACUUCUGUUAAUUCCCAACUUUCACAAGUUGAUAGAGGUUUUUUAUUAUGGAUUGUUACUGCAUUCAGAGUUACAGAUGAUGAGCUAUUAAAACGUGCAGGUCCAGAUGGCCUAUUAUAUAUAUCAUUUGAACGUCAUUUGAUCAUUUUAACAUGUUUAAUGGUCAUUGUAUCAUUAUGCAUUGCUUUACCAAUUAACUUUCAUGGUAAUAUGCAAGGUGAUAAUGCAACAUUUGGUCAUACAACAUUAUCAAAUUUAGACCCAAUGUCUAUGUGGGUUUGGGUGCAUACAAUUUUAAUUUUAUCCUACUUACCAAUUGGUGCAUACAUCAUGAGACAUUUUUUAAAAAAGGUACGAGAAUCUAAGCAUGGAGGUGAAUUGGCAGCUAGGACAUUGUUAAUUACAGAAAUACCAAAACAACAAUGCGAUGUACAAAGUCUUACUGAUUAUUUCAAACAAAUAUUUCCCACAUUAACAGUAGAAGAUAUUACAUUGGCUUAUGAUAUCAGACGGCUUUUGGCAUUAAAUGAAGAAAAAGAUUGUGCUGAACAGGCGCGUUUAUAUUGCGAAAAUUACUCAAAAAGAGAACCAUUGCAAAUGUAUCCAUAUCCUUGUGGUCAAGUGAUAGGUUGCUGUUGUAAAAAUCAAGUUGAUGCUCAAGAAUUUUAUACAAAUGAAGAAAUGCGAUUGACUGCAUUAAUUGAAGAAGAGAAAACAAUGAUACUAAGUAAACCUCUUGGAGUAGCUUUUGUAACUUUAGGUACACCUAGUGCAGCUAAGAUGGUGCGGAAGUAUUUGUCUUCUUUGCCUAGUAUAAAAUGGGUUGUGGAUUAUGCACCUACACCUUCUGAUAUCUUUUGGGAAAAUUUAAGUAUACCAAGACCAUGUUGGUAUCUGAACGCUGUUUUAAUAAAUUUUGCACUGGGCAUUGUACUAUUUUUUCUAACUACACCGGCUGUAAUAGUAUCUGCUUUAAAUAAAUUACCAAUCACAGGGGAGAUUAAGAAUCUUAGUCCAAUAGUUUCAUCUUUUCUUGCAACUGUAUUGUUACUUAGUGUGGCUGCUUUAAUGCCAGUAUUAGUAGCAAGGAGUGAAUCUUUAGUUAGACAUUGGACCAGAAGCAGCCUAAAUCGGGCAGUAAUGACAAAAACAUUACUUCUUUUAUUAUUAAUGGUUCUUAUAUUACCUAGCUUAGGUCUAACUAGUGCACAAGCGUUUUUAGAGUGGACAGUAAACGCAGCAAAUGACACGGGAAGAUGGGAUUGCGUGUUCUUACCUGAUCAGGGUGCUUUAUUCGUAAAUUACGUAAUUACUGCAGCUUUAUUUGGAAGUGGAUUAGAAUUAGUUAGAUUUCCGGAACUAGCUUUAUAUACCUUCAGAUUGUGUGUAGCACGGAGCAAGGCGGAAAAAGUAUAUGUUAGAAAGGCAGUAUUAUGGGAAUUUCCUCUAGGUGCUCAUUAUGCCUGGUUACUCUUAGUCUUUACCAUGACGACAGUGUACAGUUUGGCCUGUCCGUUAAUUACUCCUUUUGGGCUAUUAUAUCUCGUAGUGAAACAUUUGGUGGACAGACAUAAUUUAUGUUUUGCUUAUGGACCAAGCAUUGGAGGUGGUCAAUUAGCAGGUGCAGCAGCAAGUGCUACCGGAGCUGCACCAAUUUUGGCACAAGCUGCACUAUUAGCUCUAGGUUUAGUAAGGAGAGGAUUAUCACCUUUAGCUGCGGUACAACUUAGUGGUCUUGCUGCGAGUAUCUUAGGUCUUGUUACUGGUGCUACUUUGUUCACAUCAAAAUUUAAAGCACAAAUGCAAAAAAGAGAUCUAUCAGUUGGUCAGACUUUUAUUGCGCCCGUAUUGCGAAAAAAACAAACCUCAUUAGAAGAAACUAUAUCGACCAGUUCAAAUUCUGACUCCAGUAUAUUAAGCUUAAGAAGCACUAGCGUUUCUUCAAUACAAGAUAGUCCGAAACUUUAUCAAGAUUAUGGUAAAGAAUCACAAGCUUAAUAGCUUUUGAAUUACAAUAUUUGAUAUUAAUCACUAUAAAUUAUGUAACAAUUCAAUGAAAGUAUAUUUAAAUGCUAAUUCAUUAUUGAAAUAUCAUGUUACUCCGUCAUAUCAGUAAAUAUGAUAAUAAUAUUUUUUUUGCAAAUAAAAUCGAAUUUAUUUUUAACAUGUUUAAAAAAAAUCCUGUAAGUUGAAAGCUAUAUAAUGAAUAUGUAAAUAUAAUUUUUCAUUUUAAGGACGUAUAA